AUGUCAGCUAUACAAUCGCCAGCACCUAAACCUCUGCAGCCAACUUAUCCAGCUGCUUCGCCAGCUUCCACGAAUGCAUAUAUGAAGCCGGGCCUAAUUGGUAGUCCUGCCGUCAGUAAUCAUACCGAGCCUAACAAUGGUAACAAUGAAACUGCGGAGCCUCAGGGACCAAAUCAGAGAAUUGAUUUGGGUGCCAUGAUCGAAGAAUUAACCUCACUAUUGGGAAAAGAAAGCUGGACGAAAUAUGCUCAGAUCAUCAGUCUUUUCAUUUUAGGGAAGUUAUCCAGAAAGGAACUUUCUAAUGAAUUAGAGCUGGUAUUUUCACCAAGCGCUGCAAGCUUAGAAAAAUCAAAUACAAAUCAUCACCAUAGUUUAGUACGACUUCAUAACCAACUUUUAUUAGGGAUUUUUGCUAAUUCAUUACGUGAAAACCCUCUUGGGAGAAACGGUAAUGAGAGUUCUUGGGGAUUUGGCAAUGGAAGCAACAAUCCAAACAAUAAACUAAAAAGAAUCAAUAAGCAUAACUCUCAAAUUGAAGUCUAUAAAAAAAUUGUCAUGUCGUUACCUCUAAAUGAUCGAAAUAGACUUAAAAUGAUCACGAAAGAGGCCGGCAAAAGAGGCUUCAUUUUUUGCUCUGUAUUUCAAGCCAGAUUAAAUAAUAUACCCAAAAUUCCCAUUGUAACCAAUCCAGAAAGUUUGAAGCGUGUCAAGAGCAAUAAUUUAAAAACGCCGCUGGAAUGGUCACAAGAUAUAAUGAAUGGAUUCAACGUUCCUUUAGCGAGCGAAAGCCAUUCUUUACCAGACACGGAUUCGUUUUACUUAAGAAUGGUUGGUAUAGCAAGAGAACAUGGGUUAGUCGGCACAGUGGACGCACGUUGCGUAGAGCUUAUAUCAUUGGCCCUAGAUCAAUAUCUAAAAAAUAUAAUAGAGUUUACUAUUGAUACAGUUCGUUAUAGAAGGAAGAAAUAUUCAGAUUAUUAUGAUUUGAAUGAGAGUGGGCUUUAUAAAUCCGUAUCAGAAAUGGCUGCUGAUAAACGCGAUGCCAAAAUUAAGCAGUUAGAUGAUGAUAAAAAUGAGGAUGAAUGUGCCGAUGAAGCCAAAAGUAUUAAUAACGGCAAUAACAGUAGCAAGGACGAUAUUGGCGACAUAUCAAUGAGCAGCAUUACAAAGGCUGGCGAAGCAGUUAAUGAGGAGUUACAUGAAAACAGAACGAUAUCAUUAACGAAUGAAGACAUAUAUGAUUCGUUAUCUAUAUUUCCGAAUUUGGUUGAACCUUCAGGUUCAUACUAUGCGUUAACUAAUUUAGGGCUAGUUAACGAUGAUGAACUAGUAGAUAUGAAGAGCAAUAUUGACGACUUGCCGGACUUCUUAAAUGAAAAGCCGACUUUCACGCCUUUGGAUGAAAGAAACGUUGGUACAAGGCAUGAAUUAAAUUGGUUAAUUAAAGGAAUCUUAACGGAAGAUUGA